CAGCUAUCUUAGGCCUACACGACUACAGGUAACACUGUAAGUCCUGCUGGCCGUUUUUACCGAUAUAGUCAUACGUCACGUGCGUCAGGCAGGCACAUUAUCAUCAUGGCUGACGAAACACAACAGGAAACCUCGCCGAAAGAUGUGGAUCAAAAUGGAGAAAAGGUUGAACUGAAGAAGAAGCUGACCUUGUUCAAUGGAGUGACCAUCAUCGUGGGAUGCAUAAUCGGAUCUGGGAUCUUCCUUACUCCCGUUGGAGUGCUGAGGCAGGCACAGACCGUCGGGUUGUCGCUAAUCAUCUGGGUUUUGUGCGGCGUGCUGUCUACUCUAGGCGCACUGUGCUAUGCCGAGCUGGGCACAACAAUCACACGUUCUGGUGGUGACUUUGCCUACUGCAUGGCAGCAUUUGGACCCUUACCAGCUUUCUUGUUUCUUUGGGUGUCUCUGCUGAUUAUUCGCCCAACAUGCCAAGCUGUCGUUGCCCUGACCUUCGCUAAAUACGCCACACAGCCAUUCUUCAUGGGUUGUGAGCCGCCUAAUGAAGCUGUGCGCAUACUGGCCGCUCUGUGUAUCUGUAGCCUGACUUUUAUCAACUGUGUCAGUGUGAAAUGGGCCACUCGGAUUCAGGACUUUUUCACUGGAGCAAAGUUGGUGGCUCUCCUGAUGAUUAUCCUGACAGGAAUUGUAUGGAUCUGCAUGGGCCACACUGAAAACUUUGAUAAGCCAUGGGAUCCAAUAGAGAAGCCAGCUACUGUGAGCAUGAUUGCAUUGGCAUUCUACAAUGGAUUGUUUGCUUACGGAGGCUGGAACUUCCUUAAUUUCGUCACUGAGGAAUUGCAGGAACCACAUAAGAACCUCCCUAGGGCUAUUAUCAUUGCUAUGCCGUUGGUGACAGGGUUUUAUGUUCUCACGAAUGUUGCCUACUUUGCUGUUAUACCACCAGAGGAAUUUCUUACUACUGAUGCUACUGGUGUGCUGUUCGGUAAUCGCAUGUACGGAGUGAUGGCCUGGAUCAUACCUGUGUUUGUAUCCAUGUCCUGCUUUGGAACUGUCAACGGGCUGCUCUUCACUUCUGGGAGGCUGUUCUUUGUUGGAGCACAGGAGGGGCACCUGCCAGCAGUGGUUUCCAUGAUCCAUGUAAAGAAGCACACACCUUCCCCAUCAAUGCUGUUCACGUGCAUCACCUCCCUGAUCAUCCUGUGCGUGAGGGAUGUGUUCGCUCUCAUCAGCUUCUUCAGCUUCGGCAUGUGGCUGUGGGUGGCUGUCUCAAUUAUUGGUAUGUUGUACCUGCGCUGGAAGGAACCUGACUGGGAGAGACCGAUUAAGUUGAACAUCGUCAUUCCGGUCAUUUUCACACUCUGCUGUGUCUUCAUUGUCGUGUUGGCAUUCGUUGAGGAUCCGGAACCUUCAGGUUACGGCCUGCUCAUCAAUGCACUCGGGAUUCCUGUCUAUUUGCUGUUCAUAUAUUGGAAGUACAAGCCAGCCUGCUACACGGCACUAUUCGAAACGGCAACAGAAUGUCUUCAGAAAUUGCUGUUUGUCGUUCCACAAGAAUCUGACAUUCCUGUGAUAUCACACGAGGAGCCAACCCAACAAGAGAGCCUCCUUGAUAAGGGUGGGAAGGGUGACGAGAAACACAGUGACCUGUAGUAAAAGACUGCGUAUAUACAAGGCUUCCUUCUCAUUGCCAACUAUUUUCCUGGAGAUCACAAUGGUAAACUGCAAAUAGAAAUUUGAAAUAAGUAUCCAUAUAAUUGUUGUACUUAUUUAAUGUGGCAGGGAGAAAUUUUGAUUAAACAAUCAGUAGAAAAGUAGAAAAUGUGUAAAAAUUGUGAGAUUGUGAAACUUGAAGGAGCAUAAACUGAGGGUUGAAUAGUGUUCCAUGACAUAUCUGUCUGUGUGAUGAAUAAAUUUUCUUGACAUGUGAAACUGUGUAGCACAACACUACCCAUACUUAGAGAAUUAGGUUGCAAUGCAGUAUUAAGGUAACUUCAAUUUAUAUUGUUUUACGCAUGGUUUAAAUAUUAAUGUUUUAAUUUGAGUAGGAGGUACAUUGUUAGAAAAAUGAAAUCAGUCAAAACAGUAAUUUGAAAACAUUGUGACAGUCCACAGUAGUGCCAUAUAGUGCCACUACAUAGUAGACCAUGUAGUGCCAUACAUCCAAGCUUAGUGUUCCAGAGUACAAAAAACAACACAUUGGUUGACAUUAGCAUAUGCUGUGUAACCAACUAAAUAAUAGCUCGUACCAAUAAAUAACUUGGUAAACAAUAUAAGGAGAAAACGGAGAGAAACAUGGUGUGGAGUGGUUACUUUUCUCAUGUGGUGUAGAAUCUCAUCAGGUUAAGUUGAAUAAUACAUUGCUAUGUUAUUCGAUUUUUUUACCUUUACUUUUAGUUUAGAACUAGAAGAAAUAAUUUCCUACAUACAGAUCUGUGCGUUAUACUCCAAAACUGACGACUUUAUAUUCUAUAUUAUGUUUUAUGGCUACACUUUUUGUGCCAUUUAGGGGUUAGUAAUAAGGGUACUUUAAUAUAUUUUCUCAUAGAAUGGUGUUUAGUUUUUACUCGUUGUUGCCCAGAAUAACACGUUGCAGGAAUGCGCAAGGCAGCUAAAACGUGUGCCUAAACAUUCCACUUAUACCAUAUCUUUUCAAUCUGGUGAGUGUCGUUUAACUAAAUUGACUUCAUCCAAUUUUUUAUUUUUUUAUAUCAAAACCCAUUAAAUCUAAUUGGGUUAACAUUACUGCCACACCUUUGGUGUCAAUUGAGGAUGGCAUCGUGCAACGAAUUUUGGGUUGAAUCGGCUUUUAGUGGCGAAAUGCAGAGUAUUCUUCAUUCUGCAAGGUACAUAGUUUUAAAUAGUGUUUUGUACACUUUUUUACACUGUUUACUUUAACAUGCUCAAUGUUUACAAAUGUGUUUUCCUUAAAUUGCUUUUAUAACACAUACAAUCAAAAAUAUAUUACUACUGUUGUAAUAUAUUUAUGAUGUCACCAAGGUUUGAUGUUCACCAUCACAAUAAGUCGUUCCUUUGACUUUACUUUUCUGUGAAUUUCAUACAAAUCAUUUUUUACCAAACACUAUAUAUUUACGAGUAUCGAGUAAGUUAACUGUGAAAACUGUAAGCUAAGUGUUCGAAAUUAAACCCAUGUAGUACUGCAGUAGUACAUAUAUUCAAAGUGUAAUCACUGUAAUGGGAUGUAUUAUGUACACAUCUUAUGUUGUUGCAGUAUAUGCACCGUAGUAUAUAAAUCAAUGUAUUUUUCCAUUCAUCGGACAGUGUUCAUGUGCCUUGUUUGAGAUUAUCAUGCAGGACCUUAUAUUGACAUGUGAGUGUCUUUUAACAUAGCUGUAGUUUGUUCAGACAUUUUGUCUUGAUUGAUCACCUAUAUUUACGGUUGUCUGGUAAUGGGUUGUACCUGUUUUGCGUCUUCACAUAGCUCUCGUAUAUUAGUGUUAAACGUCUACCUGUAGCCGUUGUUCUAUGAUUAUGAUAAAAUGUUGAUUAGUUGUAAAAGAAUAGCAGUAUGAAAAAACGUCUGAUUUAUAACUUUAUAGUUGUGUGAGUGAACUGUAUGCACGGUGUCGUAAUAAACGUGUUACAUAUAUGUUGUGUAAUAAUGAAUAUUUCACAUUUACCAAAAAAAAACAGGUUCUCUCUAUCAUGAACUUGGCAGUAUUUAUAUACUACGACUCCCGUGUAUGCAAUUUAUUCCAUGAAACUGUCCGAUAAUUGUGAAUCGGCAUUGUAGAGUUUAGCUUGUGAGUAAAAAAUGUGCAUCUCUCAUAUCAAGUACAUUGAUCAGUUAUUUCUUUUUAUUAUUAUAAUUAUUACAAAUUAUUAUAUUGUCACUGGUAGUUUUGGCAAGUAUUAUUAUCUAGCGUAACAUCAGAUUUCAACAUAUUGCAUGUAUUCUAUAGCUGAUUUUUGCUUCGUGACAGAGUAGCUUUUACAAACGUAUACGGACUCUAUUGCAAAUGACGUGUAUGUAUUAAGUAUGGUUGCUCUGUUGUCGAUAACACAGCGAGUAAAAUAAUUCGGAGAUAAAAUUACACUUGUUUGUAAACCAAGCUUUUUUGUGACAGAGAAACAAUAAAAUAUUGGGAGGUGUGACCACAA